AUGCAGCGGGCUUUGGGAGCAACACUGCAUUUGGCAGCAACAGUACUAAUGCAGCGGGCUUUGGGAGCACUGCUGCAUUUGGCAGCAACAGUACUAAUGCAGCGGGCUUUGGGAGCACUGCUGCAUUUGGCAGUAGCAGUACUAAUGCAGCGGGCUUUGGGAGCACUGCUUAGCAGUACUAAUGCAGCAGGCUUUGGAAGCACCGCUGCAUUUGGAGGUAGCAGUACUAAUGCAGCAGGCUUUGGAAGCACCGCUGCAUUUGGCGGUAGCAGUACUAAUGCAGCAGGCUUUGGAAGCACCGCUGCAUUUGGCGGUAGCAGUACUAAUGCAGCAGGCUUUGGAAGCACCACUGCAUUUGGCAGCAGUGGAAGUGGGAAUCAGAAAACAGCAUCUUUCUCAACCAACACCUUCCCAUCGUCAUCAACCUCCUCUUCGCCCGACCAGUUGCAGUCACGGCCAUCCACGUUUACCCCACCUGCUUCUCUUCCAAAGCCGCCACCACCACAGUCAAAUACCUCCUCCUUCACCACUUCCCCCAAAUCCCAGAAUGUGACAAGUGGUGGUGGUCAUGGUGGAACAGAUGCCAUUUCUUUUGCAAGAGUGGCAGCUGACCAUCCUCCCACAGGAAUAUUCAGCGUGAAACCUGAGAAAAAUCCAUUUGGUGGGGUUGGUGCUUUCAGUGGCAACGGCAACCACAACAAUAGCAGUGCUACCAGCAUUGCAGCCACUACAUCUUCAUCUGUGUUUGGUGGAGGGCAAAAUCCCUUUGGACGCAGUUCUUUCCCACCAGCGUUCUCUGCCAGCAAAGCUGAACCCCAGGUGCUGAAGGUGAAGAACUCGAAUCCGUUCCUGAAUGCGCCGACCGAUAAUGUCUUCUCUAGAAGUCAAACCAGCAGCGAUGCAGGUGGCAACCCACCGACCGGAACUUUGCCCACGACAGCAUUUGGGGCCUUCGUUAGCAACAACAACAACUCUUCAACGACAGCUUUGCCUUCCACAGCGUUUGGGACAGGCAACAGCAAGACUGUUCUAUCAACAGCAAAAACAGCAUCAUCAACGUUCACCUCUCCUGCGACAUUGUCAACAUCUACGUUAUUACCAUCACCCUCGUCAUUUUCUGGCCCUCUUACACAACAGACCGGCCCUUCAGCUACAUUUACUAAAAACGUAUUUGGUGGUAGAGGGGACACGAGUGGCAGUUCAGGUCCUGUUUUGGCAAAAUCCUCCACUGGAAACUUUUUACCUUUGAGUAAGAAUAACAGUAUUGGUGGUGGUAGUAGUAGUAGUAGUAGUUCUAGUAUUCAUAGCAGUGAGAGGAAUGUGUUUAAAGGAGACGCAAAACCUAUGGAAUCAGCAUUUGCCAGGAAAUCAAUUGCGAAGGUCUUCGGUGGGGUGCCAUUGUCAGAAUCGAAAAGAUCUUCCACCUCAGUGUCAACCAGCAGUGACCCCAACACUGGUAGUUCUUCCCAUCACCAUCACCUGCAAGAACCCCGGCGCAAAGUGCAGAAGCAACCCUCGCCCACUCCCUCAGGGGUCUCCAGUCAGGCCCCGACCCCGGCUUCAGUUCUAGGGUCUGCGACAACAACACACAGAAAGAGGAAAUUCCACCUUCAGCCACCUUUGUCGUCCUCUCCAUCCAUGACCUCUCAGCCAGCUUUUGCUGAUACAAAGAAGAGCAUUGUUGGCCCAGCAGUUCCGUCCACUGUUAGAUCCUACAGCUCUGUUGUCGCAGGCCUUAGGGCAACACCGUCAGCAACCACAACCGCGAUGACAACAACAACAACAACAACAACAACAAUGGCGACUUCACUUUUCAGGAAAUCUGAACAUACUUCCAUGAUGUUUGGCAGUGACACAGAUGUACAGAAAGGUUAG